AUGCCGGGCCUGGGCACGCACCAACCUGCUGCUGCUGAUACUGGGCUUGGUAUUGGGUUCACCACCGGUGUUGUUGGGCUGGGAUUCGCUGGGCCUGGAUUCACUGGGCCUGCUACAGGAGGAGCUGGGUUCACCACUGGAGAUGUUGGGGCCGGGCCCACAGGUGUAGCUGGGGCAGGGGUAGAUGGGGUUGGGGCCGGUGUCUGCAUCAUAGAUCAUGGAAAGAUCGGGCUUGUACAGCCCGAAGGCCCGUUCAGAGCCGGGCCCGGGCUUCAUGUCCUCGUCAUAGAGUGCAAAUAUGUAUCGACUGAUUUACCGGGCAUAAGUGGGGUGCCGACUUUUGACUUGAGAUGGUUAAUCAAGUUGCCAUUGUACGCCUUUGCAUUCUCCAAACUCGGGCCCACCUCAUUCGUGUCUCCUUUGUAA